AACGAGGAACGACUCUGAGAACAUCGCUCGUCAUAUAAAUACUUUGCUCGAGUUUGAGUCAUCAUCAAACCAGUUUGAACUCACGACCGUCUCAUCGCUGUCACCAUGCCUCCCAAAGUCUCCGGAAAAGCUGCCAAGAAGGCCGGCAAAGCCCAAAAGAACAUCUCCAAAGGCGACAAGAAGAAGAACCGCAAGCGCAAGGAGUCCUACGCUAUCUACAUCUACAAGGUGUUGAAGCAGGUCCAUCCCGACACUGGCAUCUCUUCCAAGGCCAUGUCCAUCAUGAACUCGUUCGUGAAUGACAUCUUUGAGCGUAUUGCCUCUGAGGCUUCCCGCCUGGCUCACUACAACAAACGGUCGACCAUCACCUCCCGGGAGAUCCAAACCGCCGUGCGACUCCUCUUGCCAGGAGAGUUGGCCAAGCAUGCCGUUUCCGAGGGAACCAAAGCCGUCACCAAAUACACCUCCUCCAAGUAAACAUCCCCCGAGUAUUUAUUCCUAAAAGGCCUUUUUCAAGGCCAAAACAAGCAUUCAGAAGUGACAAAGCAGACAUAAAAAUCCGUUGGCCUUGUAAAAAAUAAAUUGCGCAUUCUAAUUCCGCUAUUAAUCCGUUCCGUGAGGAAGCAGUCACUUGCUCGCAUGAUAAUUUGAAAUGUGUAAAUACUUACGGAUUGACAUUAGUUAGUGCGAUCUGCAAGGAUUCCUAUCCUCUCUUUAGCUGUUCUCGAGCAUCAAAAGUUCAACGAAUCUCCGCUUA